CAACAUUGCGCAAUUAAACAGAGAGAAAGAACGAAGACUCGGUGGCGACUGCAAACCUUUAUUUGCCUUUCACUUUGUCAGUCUCUUUAUUUUCUUCGAUUCAAUCCAGUUAUCUCUUCUCACCGGAGGAAAUGUAUGGUCCUGAUUAGCUGUCCUAACAAUCUAUUUGAUCUUGAUCAAUGGGGAGUGUUUCAUCUGAGGAUUGGUUAGAUCAAGUGAGCGAGAGGUUCGAGCUCGACAGUUACAGUUUGAGUGCGGAUGUGAGCGGAUCGGAGAGUGACACUUCUAGUAGUAGCUUCUCAUGCCGUCGUUACGAUCUCCAAGGCGGCGCUUCCACUUCUUCGACUCCUGAUUUCGCCGGUAAUUCCGUUUCUCCUCUGCCGCUUCCGGUGAUGCUGCCGGUUGUUGGUGAUAGACAUGUUGCUGCUAGUCCCGAUGAGAUGGAAGAGAAACCGGAGACUGACUUGUCUGAAAUUGCACCGAUGAAGGAGAGGUUUGCUAAGCUUCUGCUUGGAGAAGACAUGUCAGGUGGAGGACAGGGAGUUUGCACCGCCGUCGCCAUCUCCAAUGCCAUCACCAAUCUUUCUGCUUCUGUGUUUGGGGAGCUAUGGAGAUUAGAGCCAUUAGCGCCGCAAAGAAAGGCAAUGUGGAAGCGAGAGAUGGAAUGGCUUUUAUGCAUAAGUGAUUCCAUAGUAGAGCUUGUACCAUCAAUGCAGGAAUUUCCUGGUGGCGGGACUUAUGAGGUUAUGGUGCCUCGGCCACGUUCGGAUUUAUAUGUGAACCUCCCGGCACUCAAGAAGCUUGAUGCAAUGCUGAUUAGCAUUCUUGAUCUGUUUUCUGAAUCUGAAUUUUGGUAUAUUGAUCGUGGGAUAGUAGUUGCUGGUGAUGAUGAUGUGGAGAAACUUCCCAUGUCGUCCUCUUUGAGAAGACCAUCAAUCAGACAGGAAGAAAAAUGGUGGCUUCCUUUCCCUAAAGUUCCCCCGGCUGGUUUGUCGGAAGACACAAGAAAGAAGCUGCAGCAGUGUAGGGAGUGCACAAGCCAGAUCCUUAAGGCUGCGUUGGCAAUUAACAAUAGCGUGUUAGCUGAGAUGGAAAUCCCAGAUACUUAUUUUGAGAGCUUGCCCAAGAGUGGAAAAGCUUGCUUGGGCAGAAUCAUGUAUCAUUAUAUAACUGCCAAACACUUCUCCCCAGAUUAUCUUUUGGAUUACUUGGACUUGUCAUCAGAAUUCACCACUUUGGAAAUAGCAAAUCGGAUAGAGGCUGCCACGCAUUUCUGGAACCAAAAUUACCAGAACAAGCACUCAAUUCGUGCAAGGAAUGGAAAGUCAUCAUGGGGUGGCAAGGUGAAAGGAUUUGUAGGUGAAAUACCCAAAAGGAAACUUCUAGCAAAACGAGCCGAGGUUCUCAUACAUAACCUAAGGCUACGUUUUCCUGGCCUCCCACAGACUGCUCUAGAUGUAAACAAGAUCCAAUAUAACAAGGAUGUAGGGCAUGCUAUUAUGGAGAGCUAUUCUAGGGUGAUGGAAAGCUUGGCCUUCAACAUAAUGGCAAGAAUUGAUGAUCUCCUAUAUGUGGAUGAUGCCACCAAGCAACGUGCAACAGCAGAGUCAGCAUCUCCUUGUUUUCAGGGAAAGUGUGGUGGUAGACCAUCCAAACAACAGUGGAUAUCAUCUAGCCAUGCUUCUUUUCAACACAGUCCUUGUUCCUCCGCAUCGACAGUGCCAACUGUCGGCUCUUCCAGUGAAGUAAUCAGGACUACUAAUGGAAGGAAACCCUAUUCUUCGAAGAAGAGCAAUUUAAGGGACUCGUUAGAUCAGACUCUAGAGAAACUAACAUUUUGACUUGUUAGAUCAUUAUCGUCCUGUUUGGACGACCUCAGUACUAAAAGACUUCUUACUGCUUCUGAAUCUAGUUUAGAUAGCUUGUUCCACUAAGCACAGAUUUGUGCACAAUAUGUAUAUCCUUUUGCAAAGAGACAGCAUACCCAUAAACAUUAUGGACAUAAGACCGAACUCUGGUUUCGUUUGCUAGUUUCCUUGUCGGUUUUGGAGGUUAGAGUAAUGUGUAAUAGCAAAACUUUUUAAGUCUUUUUAUUGGGAACUUCCCUGCAACUGAAGAAAGUCCAUCAGUAUUGCUGAUAUGGGAAUUUGGGCAUCCUUAGAUGAGCUUCCCUGCUAACUUGAAAGUUUGAGUUUGUCGGAAGAAACAAAUGUUUGAGCUUCAACGAGCACCUUCUAUUCCAGGCUAUCCAGAGAGAGAUUGUUUCAGUGCAAGAAAUCGAAUCCAUGGAUCGAAAUUCAGAGGAGAGGACCCAUUUUCUUGAGAAAUAUACGGAGCAGGAUUGUCCCAAAGCUGAUCAGGUUCAGUUGAAUAGUAAUCGUGCUGGAUAUUGGACUGUGCACUGCACCGGCGUGUAUAUACGGGGUUGUAGCUGAUCUGGAUGGGCCUUGGAUUAAAAAAAUUAAAAAGUAAUAUGGCUAUGGGGUUGGAUGAUUGCAGGCCGAUCUCUUGGGACCAGUGUUCCAAUCCUGAAAGAAUCAGUAGGGAAUGCCAGUCCUCCUCGGAUGACAUGUCUCUAGGGCAUGUCUGUUGUGGUUGAUGCUUAGGCAAAUAACACACUGUAGCAAAAAAGGUCAAAUUCUCCCAUGCUGGGCUUUGCACAAAAUAACACACUGUUGAGGUUUGCCAGGGAUGUAACUCGAAAGGGGCAAAAUACCUCCCUGAGCUUCGGGAAUUGGCAAUUUUCCCCGUAAAAGUAUCUCGAGUUUCAAUUUUA